UCCGUCUCCACCCAGCUGUUUCUUUUAUUAAAAAGUGAUCCAAACCACCACACAUCGAACCCUCACGUCACAACUGCACCAAAGGAGGAGAGAAGAUGCCAGGGCAGAAGAGAAAAGGAUUAAAUCUUUUGUGCACUGAUGUUAUGAUCUACAGUCUAGAUGAAAAAUUGUUUUUGACCACCUUGGGAUUUGAAGACAACCUCAUAUGAUUCUUGAUUUUCUUGAAAAAUACGACCAAUCUGCAGCGGACGUGAAAAGUUUUUUAAAAUUGUUUUUAUUGUUCCCGUGCUCCUCCCCGGACUCCUCUGCAUCCAAAAAAUCCAGACUCUUGCGCAAGGGACGCAACAAAAUCCCUCCUGGCCUUGAAGCACUCGUCCAGUUAAGCACAUUUACAGAUAUGCUGGAUGAUAUCACGCAGGAGCCACACCACUGCGUGGCAUGACAGACAUGUAAAUAAAACUGUUUAAAGAAUAUAACAGAAGAAUUGCGCGCUCUCGGCAUCCGAUGCGCGUCCCCGCCCCGGCAGAGGCUGCCCGAGAUCCCGGGAAGAGGAGUUGGAGCUGCGCGAGUUAAAGUUGGGCUAAAGGGGGGGGUGAGAGGAUACUGCAGAACAAUCUACGAUUAUAUUAACAUUGCCCAUGCGGAGAAACGUUUCCUAAGUGAAGGAUGACUUGCAAAGUACUGAACAUAUGCCUCUUAUUUUUGGGUUUUCAACAUUGCUCAUCACGAGAAUGUGUUGAUCCGCUGGUCUCCGGGCUCUAUGCCUCCUCCUUUCUGGCUUCCUCCAGAUAUAACUUCCUGUAUUCUGCCAAUUUUGCCAAACUGUAUGGCAGCAGUGGCUGGUCCCCAUCUCCGAGGGACAGACAGCCAUGGCUACAGGUUGACCUGGGCAGGAAGUACCGACUGGUGGCCAUCGCCACCCAGGGGACCUUCAACUCAUAUGACUGGAUCACCAAGUACUCCCUGCUCUAUGGAGACCGACCGGAUUCCUGGACGCCGUACAUCAUGAAAGGAGGAAACUCUACGAUGCCUGGAAACUGGAAUUAUUAUCAGGUGAAGAGGAAUGUCUUCCAUUACGCCUUUACUGCUAAACACAUUCGUCUGCUGCCUCUGGCGUGGAACACGGAGAACGGAGGGAAGAUCGGUGUGAGGCUGGAGCUGUUUGGCUGCUCUUAUGAUUCCUAUGUCCUACAGUACAACGGGGAUGACUCGGUGGUCUACAUGUACCCUGAGGAGAGGUCGCGCACACUGCACGACCACAUCGCCAUAAACUUCAAGACUCUGGAGCAGGACGGUCUGCUGUUGCACAGCGAGGGGAUUCAGGGAGACCUCUUCACCCUGGAGCUGAAGAAGGGCCGUCUCUAUCUGCAUAUCAGCCUUGGAAGCAGUGUAGUGCACAAAGUAAAUGGCCGUACUACACUGACUGCUGGCAGCCUUCUCGAUAACUUGCACUGGCACUAUGUCACCAUCAAGCGUUAUGGUAGAGAGGUGAACUUCACAGUGGACAGUCAGACAGUGACAGCCAUCUGCAAUGGAGAGUUUACCUACCUCAAUCUGGAUAAGCAGUUGUAUGUAGGAGGAGUAAUAGAGCAAAACCUGCCUCACCUCCCUACCACGCCAAAUUUCCGGGGCUGUCUGGAGAACGUCUUCAUCAAUGGCAUCAACAUCAUCGACAAGGCCAAGAGAGAAGAGCCAGACAUUCGCAUCCCGCGAAAGAAAAAGAUGCAUUUCGCCUGCCGUGACAUUCUCCUCAAGCCGAUGACCUUUGCUGGGCCCAACAACUACCUGCAGGUGCCGGGCUUCUUCAGGAGGCCUCGUAUGUUUGUCAAGUUCAAGUUCCGCUCCUGGGACUACACAGGGCUGCUAAUGUUCACACGCUUUGCUGACGACCUCGGUGCCCUCGAGCUGGGUCUGAGUGAGGGACAGAUCAACGUCACUAUAUUCCAGCCUGGAAAGAAGAAACUCCAGUUUGCUGCAGGAUACAGACUCAAUGACGGCUACUGGCAUUCCGUGGAUCUGGCAGCCAGAGACAACCUGCUGACCCUCACCAUUGAUGAGGAGGAGGGCUCUCCGCUGAAGAUCACCAACCCCUUCACAAUUCGGACGGGGGACCGCUACUUUUUUGGAGGUUGUCCGCAAACCAACAACACUAUAAGGAAGUGUGAGACCAAGCUGAACCGCUUCCAUGGUUGCAUGCAGCAUAUCUUCAUAGACAAUGAGCAGCUUGAUAUCGACAUUAUUCUGCAACGACAGUGGGGACGCUAUGCUGAGCUGUUGUUAGGAACCUGUGGCAUCACUGACAGAUGUACUCCGAACCCAUGUGAACAUGAAGGCAGGUGCAUCCAGUCCUGGGAUGAUUUUAUUUGCCUUUGUGAGAACACAGGCUAUAAAGGAGAAGUGUGUCACAUGUCCGUUUAUAAAGAGUCAUGCGAGGCCUACAGACUCAGUGGCAAGUAUUGGUCUGGAAACUACACCAUCGAUCCUGAUCUCAGUGGACCGCUGAAACCAUUCGAGGUGUACUGCAAAAUGAAGUCCUAUAAAGCUUGGACAGUGAUUAUGCAUGACCGAGUGGAUGGUACCAAGGUGACUGGGAGUUCAGUAGACCGGCCAUAUAUUGGAGAUGUCAACUACUGGAAUGCCACCUGGGAUGAAGUCACUGCUCUGGCCAACACCUCCAUGUACUGUGAGCAGUGGAUCGACUACUCCUGCUACAAGUCCCGUCUCCUCAACACCCCCAAUGGAAGACCUUUCGGUUGGUGGAUUGGUCGCAACAAUGAGAGUCACUAUUACUGGGGUGGGACAUUCAGAGAGGUCCAAAAGUGUGGCUGUGCCAUCAACCAAACCUGCACCGACCCCAGGUUUCAAUGCCACUGUGAUGCUGACUAUAGACAAUGGUUCUCAGAUAAGGGCUACUUGGACUUUAGAGAUCAUCUGCCUGUGAGGAAGGUGGUGGUCGGGGAUACCAACAGGACCGGCUCAGAAGCACAGUUCACUGUUGGGCCCCUCCGCUGCCAUGGCGACAGAAACAUCUGGAACACCAUAGCCUUCACCAAACCCACCUACAUAACCUUCCCCACCUUCAGGCCCGGAUCCAGCGCUGACAUCUCCUUCCACUUCAAAACCUAUCGUGGCAAUUGUGUCUUCUUGGAGAACUCUGACGACCAACUUCGAAACUUUAUACGGAUAGAGCUCAAUUCCACCCAUGACCUUGCGUUUGUAUUUAUGGUUGGUGACGGCAUCAUUAAUGUCACCCUACACUCCAUUGUGCCACUCAAUGACAAUGAGUGGCACUUUGUUCAGGCUGAGAUUAAUGUGAAGCUGGCCAGGAUCAAGGUUGAUUAUCAACCAUGGGCUGUGAAACGUUUCCCGGGUCAGACCUUUGUCACCAUGAAGUUUACUCAUCCUCUCUUAGUAGGAUCAGCCAACCGCACCCUGAGACCGUUCUUGGGUUGUCUUCGAGGGUUACGGAUGAACGGUGUUCCUCUGGAUCUAGAGGGGAAAGUAAAUGAAGAACAGGGUAUAAGGAGGAAUUGUACAGGACAGUGUCUCAAUGCUACCAUACCAUGUCGAAACAGCGGCCAGUGUAUUGAGGGUUACGCUUCCUAUACUUGUGACUGUAACAACACAGCCUUUGAUGGUUUCUACUGCCAUAAAGACAUCGGCGCCUACUUUGAGAUUGGCUCAUGGAUGAGGUACAACAUACGAAAGAAGCCCAUAUCAGACGAAGCAGCAUGGGCCAACUGGAUUGACCCGCACUACGACAAUUUUAGCCUCGGCUACAAUGACACAGCAGAUGACAUAGAGUUCAGUUUCAGCACUGUCCACACACCAGCUGUGUUGCUCUACAUCAGCUCCUUCGUUCAGGACUACAUCGCCAUCAUCCUGAAGACUGACGGUAGUGUAGAUCUGAGGUAUAAGCUGGGGCUCAUAACACACAAGUACCAGCUGACUCACCGAAACCUGGCAGAUGGAUAUCCCCACUAUGUCAACAUCACCAGACACAACAGAACCAUCAAAACACAGGUGGAUUACAUGGAGCCUAUAGUGGAAAAGAUAACCUUAGUGGAGGACGCCAGGUUUGACUCUCCGAAGUCCAUGUUCCUCGGCAGAGUGAUGGAGGUUGGUGACAUCGACUAUGAGAUCCAGAGGCAUAAUGCUCCAGGCUUCAUAGGCUGCAUAUCUGGGGUAAGAUACAACGUCUAUGCCCCUUUAAAGGCCCUCUUCCGUCCAAAUGAAACAGACCCUCCGGUAACGACACAAGGCUAUGUCUCUGAGUCCAACUGUGGCGCCUUCCCUCCUGUUCUGGGUUAUGUACCAUGGGAGGUAGACCCCUGGUUUACCAGCAUAGAGUAUAUUUAUAUCCACGAUGACCUAGGCCUGUUUUGGAUAACAGUCAUUGUCAUCCUGGCGCUACUGCUGCUCUUCGGAGGCCUGUACAGCAUCUAUGUCUACGCGUAUCAGCAGAAGGGCAGCUAUCACACCAACGAACCCAAGAACCUGGAGUCUCCCAGCAGCUCGAGGCCACUGACUGAGACCCUGAGGAGAGAAAAGAAGAACCUCCCAGAAAUUGAAGAGGAGUUCAGGAGUGACUAGCAUCACAGGACCUAUGGGACAGUGGGCGGGGUUUGACUAGGGGAGGUGGUUGGGCAGAGGGAAAUAGCACUUACAACAACCACAGAUACCUGUAUUGAGUUUUCUAAUUGUUUUGUUUUUUUUGUUUUUUUUUACAUUUUGGUUUGUGUUUCCUUCCCCCGGUUGAGUGGGAUCUGAUGUCUGGUGCUCUACAUAGUAUGUAUUUUGGUAAGUUCUAGUUUUGCUGGGUUCAAAGUUCAAAUCAAGCCCCAUGUUGCGUGAGUAGCCAACAAGUCUCACGCUGUAUUGCAGGGUGAAAUACUGAAGUGCCUCAUCUGAGCAAGCUUGAUCUGAAGCAACCACAAUAGCUUAUUCAGAUAGGGUUUAGAUCAGACACUGUGGGGAGAAGGGAUUUUAAAGGAUGUUUAAUUACAGUUCAAACAUCAGUUUAAAUUACUCACACUUUUAUUGAUUGAUUUCUUUUCUGAGCCAUUUUUGGAACGGAUAAAGCUACAGCUAUAUCUUACUGUAUAGAUUUAUUGCCAUCUAAAAUAUACCUUUUGAUGACAAUCUCUCAUGGAGCCAUUUUCGACACCGUAAACUCAUGAUCCGUGCUUGGGUUUGAGCAGUGAGCACAUAUGUGAGCUGGUCUACUAAACCAGUGCAACAAAAAUCCAAAUAAAUACAAAACUGGUGUUCGUGAAUGAAAACAAACAACCCGUAGAGAGAGCAAACUGACAAGCAUGGAGCUUUGAGAUGUUAAGCUUUGAGAUGAUACAUAUAGACUGUAAAAGGUAUACACGCUUCUCUUUGUUGUAUUGCAGCCUAUAACAGUGCAUUACCUAUACAGAAUGGCACAUGUAAGUGGUUAAAAAUUGCCAUAGUGUCAGUAGAUAGCAGCUUUGCCGAUCACAGUGUGCUCACAUUCUCAGGUAAGGCUUCAGAAGGUGAGAGUGUGAUUAUUUGAAGACGUACCUCCAGGUGUGUGAGCUAACAGUCUGGUGUUGGUGUACUGCAGAGUCAAAAUGAAAGUCAAUGUGAUGAAGCUCGCCAGGGACAGGGUGACCUAAAUAUCCAAGUUAUCAUUCCUUCUGUCUUACUUCUGGUUACUUAGGUUAUGGCCAAGCUGCCAGGAGCUCUGUGCCACAGAGCGCUUGACUCGAGCAGACAUCUCUCAAAUUAUAUAACAUCACAAAAGAACCAGUCUUCUCACAAUAAUUUCAUCUCCCAAUGAUAAAAAAAUAAAACAUAUUUCAGGAAACAGCUGCUCCCUAUUUCCCUGUGGAGAAGCAUUCAUAUAAACACACACAAUAACAUAUGUACAGAGGACCACAUGAGUGUAAAUGCUAAUCUUUUACUUAAGACUCACUAACUCACUGCUCGAAUAUUUUUGCAUAACGCUUUAGGACAGUAGCCAACCGCUCUGUCAUCGCCACUGCUGCUUGUUUAGCUGCUUCCAGUGGAAAGUUUAAAAAAAUUCUACCUAUAGUCCAAUGAAACUUUCUUCUCUGGCAAGAGGAAAUUUCAUUUGAUGUAUGUUGCAACCAAAGCUUAGGGCUAUCAUCCCUCACUGCAGCUGUCCUUGCCACUAAAGCACUAUUGUGUAUGUGAAAAAAUAAGGGGGGGAAAAAGUAAUACAUUUGCAACAUAUUAGCUAUGCAUAUGUAGAGCAUGAGUGCACUUUGCAGUAACAUGCAAUAAUAUGAGCUUCUUUCAGCCUCCAAUGAUGUUAAUGUUUCAGUUUAAUUUGCAGAUGCAUAAUAGCAAAUAGUAUGUAAUGAGUGUAUACGUGAAUAUACGAAUAAUGUAUUAAGCGACUUUUUUUAUUCCUAUGGUUUCAAUUCAGAUGAAUGGAGUGCUUUGAAUGUAAUUCCUUUGACUCUGUAAUGUAUGAGCAGAUGCUACAGUGGAGACCCGUUUUCACUGAAGGGCUGCUUCAGCACUGAAAGUAAAAUUAUUCAUGGUACCUUUUUAAGAACGCUCAGGAUAAAGAAAGUACAGCACUUGUUCUCUGUAGUACUAAUACAACUCCAAAACUCAACACUGUUGGUUUUCCUCUGUUACAGAUGGACGGGACUGUGCGAAAAUGUACAGAGACAGAAUGUACAGUAGAUGUAAAAAAAAAAAAAA